UUCGCACUGCCUCGCCUCGCUGCGCUUGGGGCGGGACCGGCGGCCCGACGCUCCCUCGGGGCAAACGCGGCAGCGGGGGCGGUGGUGGCGGCGGUCCCGGUGAAGGAGGUCCCAGAGGAGCGGCGCUCGGAGCCGGAGCGGAGCCAGGGCAGGGCCGGGGCCCGAGGAGGCCGGCGACAGCAUGGUGUGAGAGCUCCUCCAGUCCCCACCCGAGGUGAGGCCAGCUGGGAGCCCCGUCUGCCGUGAGCCGCGGGAAGCCAGCAUGGGCGGCCGCCGCCGCUGCUGCCGCUGAGGGCCGCCCGGCGGGCAGGCAGCCCCUCGCUCUCCCCCGGCGCCGCCAGGCGCAACACAGCCAGCCCCCCUCCCCCCCCGUCCGCCCCCGGCGCCCCCUCCCCGCCCCCGCAGCCCCCAACACUCAACCGCCGCGGCCCGGGACCAUGGCGGGGACCAUGGAGGAGGAGGAGUACACCAAGCUGGUGAUGGAGUCGCAGCCCGAGUGGCUGCGGGCCGAGGUCAAGCGGCUCUUCCACGAGCUGGGCGAGACCACCCGCGAGAAGAUCCAGGCGGCCGAGUACGGGCUCGUGGUGCUGGAGGAGAAGCAGCAGCUGAAGCUGCAGUACGAGGAGCUGGAGCUGGAGUAUGAGACCAUCCGCAGCGAGAUGGAGCAGCUCAAGGAGGCCUUCGGACAAGCUCACACCAACCACAAGAAGGUGGCUGCGGACGGCGAGAGCCGCGAGGAGACCCUCAUCCAGGAGUCAGCCACCAAGGAGGAGUAUUACGUCCGCAAGGUCCUGGAGCUGCAGACGGAGCUGAAGCAACUGCGGAACGUGCUGACCAACACACAGUCAGAGAACGAGAGGCUGAACUCUGUGGCCCAGGAGCUGAAGGAGAUUAACCAGAAUGUGGAGAUCCAGAGGGCGCGUCUGCGCGACGACAUCAAGGAGUACAAGUUCAGAGAGGCCCGCCUCCUGCAGGACUACACGGAGCUCGAGGAGGAGAACAUCAGCCUCCAGAAACAAGUGUCUGUCCUGAAGCAAAACCAAGUAGAGUUUGAAGGCCUCAAACAUGAGAUCAAGAGGCUGGAAGAGGAGACGGAGUAUCUCAACAGCCAGCUCGAGGACGCGAUCCGCCUGAAGGAGAUCUCGGAGCGGCAGCUGGAGGAGGCCCUGGAGACACUGAAGACGGAGCGCGAGCAGAAGAACAACCUGCGCAAGGAGCUGUCCCACUACAUGAACAUCAAUGACUCCAUGUACACCAGCCACCUGAACUUCUCCCUGGACGGCCUCAAGUUCAGCGACGAGGCAGCCGAGCCCAACAACGAUGACGUCGUGGUGAACGGCUUCGAUCAGAACGGGCUGCACAAGAUGGUGGCCUGCGACAGCAACAAGACAUCCACGCCCAAGAAGGAGGAAGGCUUCCCGCCGGCCCCCAGCCUGGUGUCAGAUCUGCUGAGUGAGCUCAACAUCUCGGAGAUCCAGAAACUGAAGCAACAGCUGAUGCAGAUGGAGCGAGAAAAGGUGACCCUGCUUUCGACGCUGCAGGAGUCCCAGAAGCAGCUGGAGUCCACCCGGGGAGCCCUGUCCGAGCAGCGUGAGAAGGUCACUCGUCUCACUGAGAACCUCACGGCCGUGAAGAAGCUCCAGGUGAGUAAGGAACGCCAGUCGGCGCUGGACCAUGAGAAGGAGCGGGACAGCCGCGAGGAGGGCGACUACUACGAGGUGGACAUCGAUGGGCCCGAGAUCCUGGAGUGCAAGUACAAGGUGGCCGUGGCUGAGGUGGGCGACCUGCGGGAGGAGCUGAAGGCGCUGAAGAGCAGGUGUGAGGAGUGCGAGUCCCGGUACGAGGAGGAGAAGGGCCGCUACGAGACCGAGGGCCAGGCUCUGAGCGAGAAGAUCGCGCUGCUGGAGAAGGCCAGCCGGCUGGACCGCGAGCGCGCGGCCAGGCUGGAGCAGGAGCUGCAGAAGGCCAGCGACGCGGCCGGGGAGACGCAGGGCACCCUGAGUGCAGCCCAGGAUGAGCUGGGGGCCUGCAGCGAGGAGCUGGCCAAUCUCUACCACCACGUCUGCAUGUGCAACAACGAGACCCCCAACCGGGUGAUGCUGGACUACUACAAGGAGGGCAAGGGGGGCGGGCGCACCAGCCCCGAAGGCAGGGGGCGGCGCUCGCCCAUCCUCCUGUCCAAGGGGCUCCUGGCCGCCGACCCGGGCAAGGCCGAGAGCGGGGGCGGUGACGGCUCGCCCCUCCCCUCCCCCGUGGCCGAUCCCCGCAAGGAGCCCAUGAACAUGUACAACCUGAUUGCCAUCAUCCGGGACCAGAUCAAGCACCUGCAGGCCGCCGUGGACCGCACCACGGAGCUCUCGCGCCAGCGCGUGGCCACACAGGAGCUGGGGCCCGGGGCCGACAAGGACAAGGAGGCCUUGAUGGAGGAGAUCCUGAAGCUGAAGUCCCUGUUGAGCACCAAGCGGGAGCAGAUUGCCACCCUCAGGACUGUGCUCAAAGCCAACAAGCAGACAGCUGAAGUAGCCCUGGCCAACCUGAAGAGCAAGUACGAGAACGAGAAGGCGAUGGUGACAGAGACCAUGAUGAAACUCCGCAAUGAGCUGAAAGCCCUCAAGGAAGAUGCGGCCACCUUCUCUUCACUGCGGGCCAUGUUUGCCACCAGAUGUGAUGAGUAUGUCACCCAGCUGGACGAGAUGCAGCGUCAGCUUGCGGCCGCGGAGGACGAGAAGAAAACCCUGAACUCCCUGCUGCGCAUGGCCAUCCAGCAGAAGCUGGCCCUGACCCAGCGGCUGGAGCACCUGGAGCUGGACCAUGAGCAGGCAAAGAGGGGGCGCACCAAAUCAGCCUCCAAGGGCAAGAGCAGCACCCCGAGUCUGUAGAGUAGUACCCGGAGACGGAAUUGGCCUACAGUGCCCUCGGUCAAAUUGCAGCUUUCUUAAACUGCUCAUGCUGGUGGCUAAACCAGCCCAGGGAGCUCUGGUUGCCCAAAGGAAUGGACAAAAUCCCAAAUUUCCACCCUCCUUUUUUUUCUUUUUCUCAUGAAUAUGCUACCUGCACUCAUUUUCAAAAUUGUAUAUCCUGGGUUGUAAAGAGAAAAACCUGCACACCUCAUGUGCCGAUAUUGCUGCAGGAAGAAAUUUUUACAAGUGCUGAAGAAACCACCUUCAAACAAUGAGUCUACUAGAAAUUUUCAGCUGGGGUUGGGGGGAGGGGAGGGGACCACUGGGGGAAGCCAUUUUUGUUGUUACUUAUAUUCCUUUCUUAUCUGAUUGUUAAACCUGUGCACUUUGGAUAUUUUGAUAUUCUAUUAGCUUCCUUGAUUCCUCGUGUAGAAAAGGUCUAUGAGAUGCGGUGGUUUGUGCUCAUAGUAGGUCUCCACCAUGCGUUUAUACUUGUUGAUUUCUCCAGAGGCAUGUUGCAGACAUUUAUAAGCUUUUUUGGGUUGUUUCUGCUCUAGACUGUGUUUAGCUGAGAGCCCCAGCUCCCGUGGCAUGGCUCUGCUAAACUGCUCUGUGCUGUGCUUCAGCAGCCUUUUUUAAUUCUGAAAUGUUAUGGUUUAUGUUUUAAAUGACUGAUUUUUAACUGCCAUGUUCAUUAAGAAAUCCAGGGUAUUCAAAUUCUGGGGUUUUUUCAUAUUGUAUUAUUAUUCUUAGGAAUAGUUCAAUGUAACAAGAAGAAAACUUGACUUUGCUCUGGUUAAAACAGUAAUAGGCACUUGAAAAAUAAAAUCAAAGCAAUGAAAGCAGUAGUAUUACCUGCAAAUUCCAGAGAUUCUGGAUUGGAGGAGGUUGUGAAGCAUGACUGAUUAACAGAAUUUUCUACAACUGUACCAGUGAAAUUCCAAAUUGGAAUUGUUUCGUUACCUCUUUGUUUGUUGUGCCAAAUUAUGGUACAUUUAGGAAGAAAAAUUCUAAAGUUGUCAAUUAUAGGGUGUUCAAUUUCAACGCCUUUUUGUUAUUCAUUGUUGCCAGUAGUGCCUUUGCUAAUUUGAGGGAGAAUCCUAGGAUAUAGUUUAGUCUAGAAAAAAAGGAAUCGGGACGAGCUGGUUGGGAAUUGGGAACAUGUGGAGCAAUAAACACAAAGUAAGCAAGCGCCUCAGCUCAUUUGGUUUUGGAAAUGGGUCUCUUCGUAUCCUGUGAGAGAUGAGAAAUUGUGCAAAAUUCUGUUAGUCAGUGAUACUUUACCAGGCAGAUCCUGGCAAAUUCAGGGCUCAAGAAAGAAAAGCAAACACGAAACAUUGAAUCCACUUUGGGAACCAAAUGGACUUUUACUGAACAAAGAAGCAAGCUGUGCGAAGGAAGGAGGACAUUUCUGGUCGCAGCACCGAUGGGGUGUUAGCUAGGGAGAUUCUGUCCACUUUCUACGGCAGCAGCGGUGGGCAUGGUUUAACCGUUAGUAUUCUUUGCGAAUGUGAAGGCGAGACAUUAAUAUCUUCUCUUGCAUGUGGUAUCUAAUCAUUGUAAUUUCAGGAAACAGAAACGAAAUAAAGAACAUCAACAAAAGUCGGGGGCCGAGUGGCUCGGCAUUUGUUGAAGCUAAUGUAAAUGAUUAAAUUGGUACUUCUGGAGGAAGAAGAACACUUUUUUUUCCUCAAAAAAGUACAAAUUAUAAUAAUAAAUAAUAAUAAUAUAAAUGGCAAGAACAAAUGAGUUCUGUUUGCUGGAAUAAACAUUCUUAUUCCUAGAUGUGGGGACUUCUCUAUCUAUCUUCACCUUCUGUUACAGUAUUGAUUUAUGAGAAAUAUUGUUGCAUUUAAAAUAACUUCAUCUGUCUCUAUGUGGGUAUUUAUUUGAAAUGAUGUCUAUGUACUGUAUUCUGUUCUCUGUGCAUUACCCUUAGCGGCGGAUUUAUUGGUCCUUAUUUUAAAGUCAUAUGCAUGUAUUCCUGCCAAGGAACCUUUACACAGACCUGAAGAGGCAAAGACGUCCUCAUUCUUUGGGGGAGAGGAGGGAAAGAAUGAGGACGAGAACUCUCAAGAGUAUAAAUUCCACGAUUGGGUAACUCUCCGUUGUCUAGGGGGUGCAAAAGGAUGACUUUUAAAUUAAUACAAAACCAAUAUUUAUAGGAAACAGCCGGCCUGUGUAAAGAGAGUCACAUUGGCAGUUAUGGAUAAUAAAAAGAUUUUUUAAAGAUUAAAA